AUGGGAGGAUACGAACCGGAGUUUGCUGAGCCGUUGAAUAAUUUGACCAUAGCUGUCGGACGUGAAGCAACGUUCAGCUGCGUUGUCGAACAUCUUGGUGGAUAUAGGGUGGGUUGGGUGAAGGCGGACACAAAAGCGAUACAGGCGAUCCACGAACACGUGAUAACCCACAAUCCACGAGUGUCGGUGUCCCACUCGGACCAUUCUACCUGGAACCUCCACAUCCGCAACGUGCAAGAGGACGACCGAGGCACGUACAUGUGCCAGAUCAACACGGACCCGAUGAAAAGCGAGAUGGGUUUUCUCGACGUGGUAGUGCCGCCUGAUAUAAUCGACGAGGAAAGCUCAGACGACGUCAUGGUCCCGGAAGGUGGAUCAGUCACACUUGUUUGCAAAGCGAGCGGAUAUCCGACACCGGACAUAACAUGGAAGAGGGAAGACAGAUCGGAAAUCGUGUUCCGGGAAGCAUCGGGCAUCAAGAAUAGAGAUGAUGAGAAAAAGAGCAUCGAUUACGUACAAGCCGUGGCGGAAAGGAAACUGUCGGCUAAUUAAACUCCCAGAUUCUGCAGACCGGCUGGUCGAUGUUAAGUUGAAUGUAUUUUGUUAGAGUUGGUUCCGGGCGAUAGCUUUUCAAGUUACAAAAAACAGCAAAAAAUCCCACUGGUUGGCUUUAUCACCCAGCACUGGAAACUUUCAUUCCUCCCGAUUAACUACACAGCAGUUUUAUUGACGCAAACUCUGUUUAUUUAUACAAUAUUACCUGAU